GAAGGAUAUGACCUGCAGAUACGAGCCUACAAGGCUGCGUGGACGAGAUGUUUGGACCGCAAUAUACUCAAGGCGCUGCAUGUUCCAAUUGUCAAUGACAUCACUGAGCAGGUCAGAAACGCGUACGCUGAUGUCCUCCCCGGUUUGCCUUGCCCUGAAUUGCCUGUGGUGGCAUUAGCAGGUACGUCCAUACUCGACUAUCAUAUGCCACUGCGACAUGACGCUCAAUACGAAGAUGUCAUUUAUACCUCACAAGUCCACUUGUAUCCGGCCGAAUGUUCUAGUGUGAUGAACAUGAUGAAGGUGGUUGUCACGGGCUUCGUUGAUCGUAGAGCCGUACCAAUAGACAGCGGAAAGCGCAAGCCGACAUCUCUCGCGAGCUUUGACAUCAAUUUACUACGCACAUGGUAUGACGCACAAGACGCUAAACCCCGUCUAACCGUGUUUCUACACGAAUUCGAAAAGUUCGACACUAGUGUCGUCCAAGAUGUAUUUUACAUCUGCAGGCAGGUUGCUCCCUAUAUGCAUAUACCUCAUCUGCCAUUAGUGUUCGUGUUGGUAAUGAGCUCGCCGCCCUCGCCUUCGUUCCUGCAAUCCGCCUAUCCACGCUCGACCCUCGCGCUGCUUCGAGUACAUCAUGUCGCUUCACCCGCAGGCCUCAUGAUGGUCAAAGAGGUCCUCACAAAGACAUUCUUCGACCCUGAUUUCGAGCCAGACAUCAUGCUCGGCCCCGGCGCGCUCGAGCACAUCAUUGACUUCGCGUCCAGGCACACCGCGUCCCCCGACGCACUCGUUACCAUGCUCCAGCUCGCGCACCUCAAGCAUUUCUCUUCCAAUCCGCUCAGUACGCUUGUGCACGACGAGCUCCUCGGCACGACCCUGCACCGCGCCGGACGCACACUGACGUCUUCGGCUGGGCUCGCGCUCCUUGUCGAUGCGCUGCAUGCGCGUUUGCUCGCUGCGUCAGAGUCACGACCGCAGUCGCAGAGGAACGGAGAUGCACGGCCGCAGACUGCGGAUGAGUUGUUGGCUGCUGUGUCCGGCGCACGGACGGUGUUCCUCACGCAGGCGAGGCGUCUGCGUGUCGCGUUCGCUGUUGCGCGGAUUGCGGAGUGCGUCGCGCUGGGCGAGGCACCGCAGGGGGUGCCCAGUGGGAAGAGCGCAGAGGGGCGUGGGAUGAGGCUUGACAGCAUGGAGAUGCUGAGCUCGCUUCUGCGGGGACGCGGGAGCUCGCAAGUCCGAUACGUGUGCAUGGCUAACAGAAAACUGUCCGCGACCAAGUUGCGCGCGCUCCUUGAGGCGCUGCAUUCGUUUUGGUAUGACAUGGAGAGCGCGACAGUCCGGAGAGACGAAGAGGACGCGCGCAUAUGGAUCGUCGAGACGCUGAACCAGCUUCCCGCCGAAUCCGAGGACCCGCGGGAGGACGAUCUCCCGGUACCGCAAGACGCUCAAACGAAGCGGCUUGCGGGUAGCGUCGGCGAUUGGCUGCAGGAAUACAUCGAACAACGACUCGUCCGACUCGAAGACCGCGCGCUCUGGGAUAUCUGGUACACGGGCGCGACGCCCUUCCCCUCCGAGCUCAUUAACCCUGCCCCGCGCCCAACUGUCGUCCAUGCGCUCCUGCAUCCACAUGACUUCAUUCGCUCGUACGAGGAACUCACGCGCGCAAGCGGCGAUGGGGAGCACGUGUUCGGUGCACCAGAGGAACAGAACGAGCCUGCGCUCUGGGAGCUACCCGAUACGAGCAUCGCGUUCAGACGGUACGUCGAGGCGGGGCGGAUGGUGAACGUGUUUGAUUGGUUCGAAUCGUUCGCCGUCGUCCUCGAGAGCCAGUACAAGCACCUCAAGCGGGGGAAAGAUAUGCAGGAGGACGAGAAUAUGGAUGCUGGGGUGGACGAGGACGCGGAUGUAGACAUGGACGAAGAGGAAGAGGAGCAAUGGAAGGUUGAGGUGCAGGCGCGCUUCAUGCGCGCGCUACAUGAGCUCGACUAUAUGGGCUUCGUGAGGCACACGGGCAGGAAGCCUGAUCAUGUCAUCCGGACCAUCUACGACGUUCCGGACUGA